AAAAAUAUUUUUCCUUUUCUUAAAGUAGCUUAUAACUAUGAGACCUAUUCAAAGAAGACAACAGAAUUUGCAAUACGGCAUUUAUUUGCUAUGUAUGCAAGUUUUAAAUUUUGGUAUUGAUAAAAUCCCACCAGCUACUUUAAUUACGAUUAUUGCACAAGUUUUAUUAUAUAUUGGUUUCAUAAAAGUUCCUUGGAAUGCAGAAGAAGUAUGCAUAUCAGCAAUAAAAAUAUUUAAAUACCACGAUUGGAAGUCUUUCAUAAUGUCGAACUUUGAACAUGGUUCUGAUAUGCAUUUAUAUUAUAAUAUGAUAUCUUUGAUCUUGAAGGGCUCAUACUUAGAACCUAUGUAUGGUACAAUAAAUUUUAUUAUAUUACUAGCAAUACUUUCAUUUGGGUGUAGUGCUAUGUAUACAGUGUUAGGCUAUGCUCUAAUGCAGUUAACUAGCGAUUAUGGAUAUUAUACACAAUGUGCUAUUGGAUUUUCUGCUGUUUUGUUUGCAUUAAAAGUAAUUGUAGUUUGUGAAGAACAUGAUAAAAUCCGUGAUGUUGGAGGAUUUAGGGUUCCUAGUAAAAUUGCUGUUUGGGUUGAACUAAUUUUAAUUCAUCUUUUGGUUCCACAAUCUUCAUUUAUAGGACAUUUUGGGGGUAUCAUGAUUGGUUGUUUAUAUUGUUAUACUUCUAUUGGUGAAAUGAUUGAUAAUAUAAUAUAUAUUAUAACUGGUACUCCUAUUAUACACGAAGAACAAUUUUACAGAAGACGCAGUUCACUAUUUAGAUGAACUUUAUAUUGAAACUAUUAUAAACAACAAAUUUUACUAUUUAAUAAAUGUUAAUUUAUUA